AAAAGAUAUUUAAUCCACAACUUAAUCUUUUAAUAACCAGCUCAAUAAUUCAGUCGCUUCUGAAUCCUCAAAAUUAAAUCAUGAAUUUUCAAAGCAGAAUUAUAAAACUUUUUAUUAUUCUUUUUGGUGUUCUUAUUGUUGUUGCUGCUAUAGCUGGGGGUGUGCUUUAUGCUAUUUAUUCAAAAGAUGGAGAUAAGAUUGGCAUUGGUGCAAUUGCAAGCAAUGGAGUCGAAUGCGCAGAAAUGGGAAAGAAAAUGUUUGAAAGAGGUGGAAAUGUUGCUGACGUUGCUGUGACGACAAUGCUGUGUGAAGGAAUUUCUAGUCCGCAGUCGUGUGGUAUCGGUGGAGGCUUCAUAGCUGUAAUUUAUCUCAAAAGCCAAGGCAUCAUUCAAACUAUCAAUGCACGUGAAAGAGCACCAAGAAACUCAACAGUUGACAUGUAUGUAGCUGAACCAAAAGAAUCAACUCAUGGUGGUAAAGCAGUUGCAGUUCCUGGCGAUCUUAAAGGAAUGUGGGAAAUGCACCAAAAGUACGGUUUAUUGAAAUGGAAAGAAGUUCUUGAACCAGUCAUUGAUAUGUGUAAAAAUGGACAUACUGUCGGUCCAUUCCUCGAAGAAAUGCUCACAGCUUAUGAAGAUGAGCUGCUAGCGGAACCAAGUUUGCGAGAAAUCUUUAUGAACCCAGCUACAAACCGAACAUGGAAGUUGAAUGAUAAAAUGAAGCGACCAAAACUUGCAGAAACACUUGAAAUUAUAGCAAAUGAAGGGAUUGAUGCUAUGUACGGUGGUGGUAAGAUUGGAAAAAAGUUUGUUGCUGAUGUGCAAAAAUAUGGUGGAAUAAUGAUUGAGAAGGACUUGAAGGACUAUAGAGUUGAAUGGUCAGACCCAGUCAGCACAACAAUAACCAACAACAGCACAGUCUACACAAGUCCCUUACCCAGCAGUGGUUCCAUGUUAAUUCUAAUGUUGAAUAUUCUCAGAAAUGACAAAUUAGAACCAAAUCUUGUCAGUUACCAAAGAAUGAUAGAAUCAAUGAAGCUGUCAUUCGCACACCGGACAAUGAUCGGAGCUGAAGCUAACGAAGAAGUUCUUGCGAUUGCUAAAAACAUGGUUUCGAAGUCGUACGGGGAUGCAUUAAGAAGGUUCGUUAACGACAACAAAACAUCAACAGAUGUCAAAUACUACGGUGUAAAACACGCAGACGUUGAUGAUCGCGGAACUGCACAUAUAUCAAUUUUAGCACCAAAUGGAGAUGCAAUUGCUGUAACAAACACAAUUAAUGACAUUUUUGGAGCUAUGUGGAGAUCACAGUCGACCGGAAUCAUUCCAAAUGAUGAAAUGGAUGACUUUUCAGUUCCUGGAAAAGCUAACGCGGAUGGAGUGUUGCCAUCACCAAAUAAUUUUGCAAUUCCUGGAAAUAAUCCAAUUUCGUCAAUGACUCCGACUAUUGUGCUUGAUAGGAAUGGUGAUGUAAGACUCCUUAUUGGAGCCGCUGGUGGUCGUCGAAUCAUCACAAGCACAUUCUACACCCUUUACAGAAACAUCUUUUUCAAUGAAACCCUCGAAGAUGCAAUGGCAGCGCCUAGAAUUCAUCAUCAAUUGACACCAAUGGAGCUUGUUUAUUCAUCACAUUUUGAUGCUGAUAUUAUUAAAUCUUUAAAUGAGACAAUGGGACACAAAGUGAGAGCAACUCCUAGAAUUGCUAAUGUUGUUGGUGUUUCUGUGGAAAAUGGUAAUGUCAAAGCUAGUUAUGAUCCAUUCAGGGGUGGAAGUACUGUUAUUUUUGAGGGAAAAUAUUGAUUUUGUAGGUGGAUGAAAUUAAAUGAGGUUCUAUGUUAAGAUAGUCGGUUUUAUAGUUAUUUCUGCAAAUAAAUCUGAUUUUUGUACAAAAAUUUAAACGAA